AUGUUCCUCACGCUCAUUGCCACCCUGCUGGCGCUGACGAUGCUGGCCGUCAUGCGGGGCUCUUACACUGAAUCUCCCUCAGCCCUACUCGCGUCGCUGGGGUUUGCCACGGCAGCCUCACACACCAUUGCCACGCCCAGCAGCCCACGAGAAGCUGCGGCAAACACGACCUUGGGCUUUGCGCAACUGCUUGCCCUGUCAGCGGGACCGUCAUGGCGCACCCGUGGUCUUGCAGCCGCGGCAGACCUCGUCGGCCUCGACAUCACCAUCCCAAGCCAACCCCCCAUCACCGACGAGGCGAUUGCCAAUUUCCAAGCCGUGGCCAAGAGCAGAAACCAAAAGGGCCCCGAAUACGGCUCUGCGAAAGCCUGGCUCGCACACCUCGACCUCCUGCGCUACGUCGUGGCAUCGGGCUGGGAGACCGCCUUCAUCCUCGAGGACGACGUCGACUUUGACAUUGCAAUCAGGGACCAGAUGCAGCUCAUCUCGGACAACGUGCGCACCUACACGACCACACCAGGCGACAACACCGCGCCGUACGGGAGCGGCUGGGACGUCCUCUGGGUCGGCCAUUGCGGCUCCUGGAUCUUCAAGGAGGUGCUGCCCGACAUGCACCUCUUCGCCGACGCCACGCGGAUCCCCACGCCGGCCUACGCGGGCUGGUCGAAGCGCUUCCUGCGCGAGUUCCUCGCCGAGGGCACCCGCGCCGUGCACCACAACCACAUGUCCGUGUGCACCUUUGGCUACGGCGUGUCCGCCAGGGGGGCCCACAGGCUCAUCGAGCUCGCGUCGGCCGACAACGGCGCCGAGGCGUUUGACGUCUCGCUCUCCAACCACUGCAGGGACGCCAAGGUGGACUGCCUGAUGGUCAACCCCCAGGUGUUCAACCACUACCAGCCCCCCGCGGAGCUGGGCUACGUGAGCCAGGUGCACUCCGGGGACGGCAAGGGCACGCCCGUGGACGAGAGCGAGUUUGAGCACGUCAUGGGCUCGACGGCCAACAUUGUCAACAGCGCGCGGUGCCAGGCGCUAUUUGGGGAGUCGUGUGUGGCGCCGCCGAGGGAGAUGUGA